UGUAAAAUCCUAAAAUCCUACAAUUUUACGAUCAAAAUUCCGAUUUUAAAUGCAUUGAGACCGCCCACAACAACUUUUCCAAUACUCGUCGGUAGCCCAUUAUUUGUCAAUAUUGCGAUCGUCCAGGUCAUUCCGUUCGUCGGUGUUUUAAGCUAUUUUUCCAGGCUUGUCAAGUUUAUCAGGCUUGUCAAACUCAGGCCCAUCACACCAUUGCUAGCCGUCCUCCUUCAUCUAGCCUGUGGCUACUUGAUUUUGUGUCUUCUCAUCAUGUCACCUCCGAUUUACGGAAUUUAUCCCUCUAUUCUGAUUACAGUGGACCAUAUGAGAUUCUUGUGGGCGAUGGCACGGGUUUGAAAUUAACACAUAUUGGAUCUACUACAUUGAAUCCCUCGGCAUCUUCUUUUGAUUUACAAGAUGUUUUACGUGCUUCUGCCAUCAAGCGUAAACUUAUCUCUAUUGCCAAACUUUGUCAUACUAAUCCCAUUUAGGUGGAAUUUUUUGCUGAUUGUUUUGUUGUGAAGGUUCUUCGCAUGGGGGUGCCUAGUGAUGUGGAUAAUGUUCGCCAUGCUCUUGUCACCACUCGUACCACCUCUACAUCUUGGCAUGUGCGCCGUGAUCAUCUGUCCACUCACCAAUCUUCUUCGUUCUCAAUCUUUGCCAGUAUAAUCCUCUCUCCUCAGUAGUCAUUGCAAUUUUUGUCUUUCCAAUAAGAGUCGCAAACUUCCCUUUGCAGUUUCUUCUCUAUCCAUCAUCAGCCAUUUGAUUUAUUGUACACGAAUGUUGGGGACCAGCUCCGGACUCCUCCAUUGAUGGGUUUCGUUAUUAUUUAAGUAUCGUUGACCAUUUUUCCCGCUAUACAUGCUAUUAUCCCCUAAUAAAUAAAUCUGAUGUUCUUAACGUGCUUCUUGAUUUUCGCAAGAUGGUUGAAAAUUAUUUUUUCACCACCAUUCGCUGAAUUUACUCUGAUGGUGGUGGUGAAUUCCAAAAAAUAUGCUCUACUCUUGUCCAUCAUGGUAUCAACCACCUCCUUACACCGCCUCAUACUCCUAAGCAUAAUGGUCUUCGCCGAGCGCAAACAUCGCCAUCUUCUUGAAAUGGGUAUCACUCUUCUGCAUCAUGCUGUUCUCCCUACCAAUUUUUGGUCCUUUGCCUUUUCCACCGUCGCCUAUUCGAUUAAUCGCCUCCCAUCUUCUGCAUUGCGUGGGCCUGUCCCCUCCUCCGUCGAUCCUCUUGCAUCACACAUAUCGGCUACUGGGCCGCCAUCCUCGCCUAGGCCCAUGCCUGCUUCUUCUCUGUCUGCUGGGCCGCGCUUGUCCCCCCCAUGGGCCGCCCACCUCCACUGCUCCAGGGCUUGAGACCUCCUCGCCCUUGCCUAGUGUUGUGCACCCAGCUGGGCCGCCGCCUCUGCUCCGCUCCCACCGAAUGACAACCAGGGCCCAAUCUGGUAUUUACAGGCCCAAACGCCUAUUUCAGGCUAAUCUCACCACUCGGACCCCCCCCCCUCUUGAGCCCCAUUCGGUGAAGGAAGCAAUGCAAUAUUCUGAGUGGGACGCGGCUCUUCGCAAGGAACAUUCGACCCUUCUUCGCAAUCACACGUGGGAUCUUGUUCCCCGACAGCCUCACUUUAAUGUUCUCGGCAGCAAAUGGGUCUAUCGUAUCAAGCCCCACUCUGAUGGCUCUAUCAACUUGUUCAAGUGUCGCCUGGUUGCCAAAGGCUUUCUUCAACACCCUAGUGUGGAUUUUUAAGAUACGUUCAGUCAUGUCCUGUAGUGAAACCUGUUACUGUUCGUACAGUUUUCACUCUUGCUCUCUCUUAGAAUUGGCUGAUUAAGUAGUUUGACAUCAAUAACGCAUUUCUCCUAGGGCCUCUAGAUGAUGAAGUUGAUUUAGUUUGGACAUCUCCAUGUUCGCUACAUUCCAACUACUCAACAGCUUUCUGACGCUCUCACGAAGCCAUUGCCAGCUCCUCAGUUUCUUCUUCUUCGGACCAAGAUUGGAGCCGUUGACACUACCUCCAUCUUACGAGGGCAUAUUAGAGAAAAAUAAUAAACAAUUCUUUUUGUA